AUGAAAUAUUUCUUAUUAUUUGCUCUUCUUUUGAUUGUAUUGUCAAGAGAAUAAAUUGAAGAAGUUGAUGGUGUCUUACAACUUACUAGAAAAAAUUUCUAAUAAGCUCUUGAUGAGAAUCCAAGAUUAUUAGUAAAAUUCUACAUUGAUACAUGUGGCUAUUGGUAUUUAUGGUUUAUUUAAUCUUAAAUAGUAAAAAAAUGAAGCCUGUUUUCAUUUAAUUAGCAGGAAUGUUAAAAGAAUAUGGAUUUGUUUUAGGUGAACUUAAUGUUCAUGAAAACAAAGCUUUUAGUGCCAAAAAUAAUAUUAAAUCUUAUCCAACACUCAAACUUUACAAAAAUGGUGUUCCUAAAGACUUUCCUAAUUCAUCAGAUUCAGUUGAAUUAUUAUUUGAAUUUGCUCUUUAAAAUGCUUAUGAUUAAAUUACUUAAUUAAAUUCAUAGGAAGAAGUAUAUAAAUAUUCAUUAUUUAUAGAUUGAUCUAUUUUUGAAAAGAUCUAAUUUUGCAAUUCUCAAAUAUGUAAAUAAUGAUGAUGAUUUAUAAAAAUUUGUAGAUGAAAAUCUAGGUAUUAAAUUUGGUAUUGUUGUGAAUCCUGAACUUUAAUAAGCUCAUUCAUCAAAAUAUACAUUAUAUCAUAAAGUAUUACCAGAACCACUUAAUUACAAUGGUGAAAUAGAUGGAUUUUUAGAAUGGAUUUUAACAAAUGGUUAUCCUGAAGUUUUCACAUUUACAGAGGAAGAAUUUAUUAAAGCAGAAAGAGAUAAAAUUUCUUUGGUUGGAGUAGCUGGUGUAAAAAACAGUCAAUUAUAUGAAACUCUUUAAACUUUAGCAGAAUUGUAUAAAAAUAAAAUUAGAUUUAUUUUAAUUGAUCCAAAUUCAAAAUUAUCUAACAAAAGAUUCCAUUAUUUAAUCAAAAAGAAAGUAGUUGCAAAAAAUGUUGUUUAUUAUUAUAAUUAUGAGUAAUUCCAUUAUUCUAAAAUAGGACUAAUAAAACAAAUACAGUUGAAUUUGCAGAUGAAUCAUUGGAAACAUAUAAAUAAUUAGUUUAGACUUUGAUUGAAGAAUCAAAUAUAAAAAAAGAAGCUAAUAAAUCUGGUUCUAAUAAUUAUUUCUAAGGAGAUGGAGAAGUUCAUGUUUUAACAACAUCUAAUUUUAAAGAAUAAGUAUACAAUAAUCCAAAUCAUGUAUUUGUUAAAUUUUAUGCUCCAUGGUGUGGUCAUUGCAAAAAAUUAGCACCUAUCUAUGAGGAAUUAGCUUAAUCAUUGGAUAGAAAAGAUAUUGUAAUUGCUGAAGUUGAUUUUACAACUGAUAAAAUUGAAGGAAUUAAUAUUGAAGGAUAUCCAACUUUAAUCUUUUUCAAAUCUGAAGGUGGUUAAAAGAUAAAAAUAGAAUUUGAUGGAAUGAGAACAAUUGAAGGAAUGAAAAGUUUCUUAUUGAAAUCAUUAGAUAAUGAUUCUAAGAGUGAACCCUAGAAUUAAUUAACAGAAGAAAAUUUAGAUGUAAAAGAAUCUGAUAGAGUUGAUAUUCCAAAUGAUGGACAAGUGAUUUAAUUGACAACUGAUAAUUUUGAAUAGAUUGUAUUAAAAAGUAAUUAAGAUGUUUUUGUGAAAUUUUAUGCUCCUUGGUGUGGACAUUGUAAAGCUAUGGCAGCAGAAUAUAUAAAAUUAGCAGAAGAAUAUAAAGAUAGUAAAAAUGUUUUGAUUGCUGAAUUGGAUGCCACAGUUCAUAAAAUACCAAUUGUUGAAAUCAAAGGAUUCCCAACUUUAAUUCAUUUCAAAAAAGGAAAUGUUAGAGUUAAACAACUUAAAUAUAGUGGUAAGAGAACUGCUUAAGCAAUUAAAGAAUAUAUAGAAGAAAAUGGAAGUUUUGCUAAAAAGAAAGAUUUAUGA